GCCCAAACGAUAAUUAACUCCCUUGAAUAUUCAAGUAAGCGUUUCAUGACGCAGAUGAAUGCCGCCAUCAAAAUAACGAAUUAUUAACGACCAAUAGCUUUACAAAAUCCUCUGCAAUCAUGAAAUUAGUUCGGUUUUUGAUGAAACUAAGUCAUGAGACUGUUACCAUCGAGCUAAAGAAUGGCACCCAGGUGCAUGGAACAAUAACAGGUGUUGAUGUAAGCAUGAACACACAUCUCAAAGCUGUGAAAAUGACAGUGAAAAACAAGGAUCCACAGCAGCUGGAUUCCUUGAGUAUCCGUGGCAACAACAUCCGGUACUACAUUCUCCCAGACAGCCUUCCAUUAGACACAUUAUUAAUAGAUGAUGCACCCAAAGGCAGAAUAAGAGGCAGACGAGAGGAUCGGGGAGGGCGAGGUGGGCGUGGUCGCGGUGGUGGUAGAGGGGGGCGUGGUCGUGGUGGCCCCAGGGGACGGGGUAGGGGCCGACGACCUUAAGCAUUCAACACCUCUCAUUGCAGCGUCAUCACCAUUAGAGAUCUUUGAGACACUUGUACAGACAGUCCAUUUCAUCCUCAGCCAUGUUGUGGACAUGCUUUUUUCAGCGACUGUAUUUGUAAAUUGAUGAGACAAAAAAAAAUUACAAUCCUUAAUAAGGAUGUUGGAAUAUUCUUCAGAUCAAAGUAUAAUGGUGAUCUUCUUCAUUUCAUUUUUCUUUACAUGAUGAUGUGGCAAGAAAUGUGCAGUAGACUUACUGUGUAAAUCGUUGUUUUUAUUGAUUUUAUUAAAGAAUCACAGAAACAUGCAUAGAAUUUCAUCUAUGUUUCAAAUGGUAAAUGUGACAUUAUUGUUGUCAUCAGUGUUCAAAAUUUGGAUGCACAUGUAUUACAUUGAGUAAUGUGUACGCUUUGUUAUAUAUAGGAUCAUAAGUGUUGUCAUAAAGAAUGAAACCAUUAUAAGGUAUUCCCCUUUUUAAGAUAAUUAACGUUUUUUACAGCCAUACAUAAUAUUUGGCAGAUUUUUUUACUACCAAAUCUUUAAUGUUUUCAUGUAAAUUUGUUAAGACUUGUUAUAUGGAUAAUAACAAAAACAACAACAGAUAUUUGAUGUUGAGAAACAUUGGAAUUCAAAUUACUUGUAUCAUGGUAGAUAUUUCAUUUUAUUGUAUUUCCACAUACGUUGCAAGUUCAUCAUUCUUAAAUCAGACGUGUAUUUGUUCCUUUUGUGACAAUGUUUUGUAAAUAAAUAUAAAAAGAAGA